UGUUUCCUCACGGACCCUCUUAGGAACUUCACACGCGUUGCAUGUGUUGGUUGCGGUUAGUUGCUGACAGUUGUGACAGAAGGCUCUUCAUCACUUCCAUAGAGCUGGUUUUUCUAACAGAAAGUGAGCCCCCACAAACAUGUCCAGCGCUGAUAGCUCGUCCACAGCGGAGGUAAUGUUGGGUUUCCUGGAGGACGCGGAGCCUUGGCGGCUGCUGUCCCCGCAGUUUCCCAGCAAAGUCGGGGGGAAACCGGCGUGGCUCAGCCAGAGUGGCCUGCCCUCUCUGCCCGCGCUGGAGUGUGAGAUAUGCCGACUGCCCAUGGCUUUCCUUCUGCAGGUCUAUGCACCAAUUUCUGGACAUGACAGUUGUUUCCACAGAACUCUCUUUCUGUUCUGCUGCAAGACUCGGGAGUGCUACACCUACAACGACAGCCGCUGUAUGAAAGUUUUCAGAAGUCAGCUACCAAGGAGUAAUGAGUUCUAUGCUCAUGAUCCUCCAUCAGAAGAUGAACCACCCUGCGAUCAUGAACAGGACCAGAGUGUGUUGUCUCCCUCUGGAAUCAAACUGUGUUGGGUGUGUGGUUCCCUGGGCAAUAAGGCCUGCUCCCGCUGUCACAGUGUAACCUACUGUGGGAAACAUCACCAGACCCUGCACUGGAAACACAGUCACAAGAAGGAGUGCUGCAGCCAAGAAGCAUCUAUCAGCACAACUUCUUCCUUUCUGUUCCCUGAAUCUGAGCUGGCCACUGAGCCCGAAGAGGAAGGAGAGGAGAAGGCGGAGGAGGAAGAUAAAGAAACAAAGGAUGCAGAGAUAGAACAGGAAAGGACUUCAUCUGCCCUGACAGAGACGGACCUGGAGGAGAUGGCUAUGCAUGAAACUGAAGACAACGUAGUGUUUCAGAGGUUUAAAAAGAAGACCGCACCAGAACCACACCAGGUGCUGCGGUACAGUCGCGGGGGCUCCCCCUUGUGGGUCUCCUCCAAGCACAUCCCUUCACAUGAGGAUAUCCCAGCAUGCACCUGUGGCGCUAAGAGGACUUUUGAGUUUCAGGUGAUGCCCCAGCUGUUAAACAAUCUAAGUGUGGACUCGACAGGAGCCAGUAUAGACUGGGGGACACUAGCCAUCUACACAUGCUCUAACAGUUGUAACCAUGAUGACCAGUAUUGCCUUGAGUUCAUUUGGAAGCAGGACUUCAGCUCAGAUGAGCACACACAGAUUAAACCCACGUAAUGUCUGCCGGACAGAGUUUAGUUUUUGUAUUAACGAAAUCAAAAAUGGUGAAAGUUCAUAAUCAGACUAGAGUUCUUGAUCCUGCCCUCUGGAUGUUGCUUUACUGUUAAGUCUUUAUUAAAAUGAAAGUAUCAGGUAUUUCUGAUAGAUGUGGAGCGUGGGGUCUGUUAAUUUCUAGUGCUAUGUACUCUAUUUGCAACACAGUUGGCAAAAUAAACA